GUGUGCAGCAGGACCGUACCUACAUCCACUCGUCCAUCCAGGCACGGGGCCCCACACGCACCACCAUUAACCACCACAUAACCACCAAACAGAACCCGAUCUUAUAAACAAGCAUGUUAUCCCAAACAUCCCGCACCCUCCUACUCCGCACCCCGCGCCUCCGAACAUUCACCGCCUCGAGUAUCUACCGCCAAGCUGCGACUUCUGCCACUGCUACUCCCGCGGCAAUUCCAAAAAAGAGACCGGUUGGGGCUUUCAGGGGGGGGCUGUUUGGAUUUCUUCUUGGAUCAACGUUUUCUGCUGGCACCGCCUACUUUUACUGGCUUGAGGAGUAUAGGGUUUCUAAUGAGCUUUUGACCGAGGAUGUUGAGGCUUUGAGGAAUUCGAUUCAGAGGGUGGAAGCUUAUGUUAGACGGUUGGAGGAGAAUAUGGAGAUCCAGAAGAGUGCUCCUGGUAAGGGAAAAAAGUGAUGGACUGGUGGGUGGAUAAGAGGUUGUAUGGACGGGGGAUGAGUGGGUAGGGGGUUAUACGAUUUUUUGUGAUUGCUUGAGCGGACGAGCGUUGGGGGAGUUGGACUGUAAUUAACCAAAAAUGGGGAUCCGCGGGUUUUUAUAUUAUUGGGGUUCUCAUGGGCGUGCCGUACUGGUGUAGUGUGAUGAUGGGUGAUCAUGCGAGCGUGAUAUGUUCUAUCUGUGGGUCUUGAGAUAGAGCACUUGUAUGCAUGUAUGUUCUCUAGUCUAGUAAAAGUAUUAAGACUAUCUAAAUAAA